CACUGGCGAGCUUAUAAUAGGAUGUCUCGUAUCACUCUUCUUACUUUCAUCGUAUCGGCAGUGUAAGUCGUUUGAGUGGAAGUGAAAUGGUGCAAGUGUAACUACAGUAACAACAUGGUCGUACAUCAAAAGAUUUCGGUGACGGUGGUGUGUUUCCUGAUGGGUGUGUACGGUGGCGGUGGAGUUACAAAACAAUCUGGUAUUACCAAAUUUUGGGCGGAUGAUUAUAAAAUUUUCGAUCAGAUCUACGGCAAAACUUCUGACAAACAUAUCUACGGUGCAUCCCUGCCGCCCAGCAUCUCUUACAGAGGUAGUACACAGAAGAAGGCUCUAGCCUCUGAAAAGAAGGAGAGACUACUCGACGCUAACUAUAACGAUGAUUACGUCUACAAUACUGACAUGGAGAAUUUCGCAGAUCGUUACGCGAAGAUAUUCCAAAAACAGCUGUUAGAUUACGAGCAGCCAGCACAAUUACCCCAGUCCACUUUAAACUUUGUGAGCUAUAGCGAUUUCAAACCAAUCAGCCAAGAAACCGACCCAGAUGCAUACGACUAUUUGAAACAUGUUGAGCAAUACGAUAAGGUUAAAAAUGUGGAUUUACCAAAAAGCACUGGAGGUUUUAAGCCGUUUUUGACUUACGGCGGUAAUGCGGAAGAAACUCAGGCGUAUAAAAGUAUUCAGGACAUAUUAGAUGCGCAUGAAAGUAACAAAUCUAAAACUAAAAUCAACGAUGAAGAGGAAGAAGUGAAUUAUUUGAAUUAUCCGCGCCCAAAGAAUAAAGUGAAGACUAAUCCAAGAUAUAUACAGAGUAAUGAAUUGAAAAAACCGCGGUGCACCUCUGGCAGAUGUAGGAAGAGGACAACAAAUUACAUAAGACGCACUCGACCCUAUGUUAGAAAGAUAAAACAUAGAAUUGUCAACUACUGAUUCAUAUUUAUCUAUUUGAGACAGAGAUCGCAAUACUCAUAUAGCGUAGCCAUUUCCAGUAUGUAUAGCAGUUGCUAACAAUGAGUACUCUAUAGUGUCUAAAAUCGAUAGCUUUGUAAUUUUUUAUGAAAUUAUUACACAGUUUCCAAUUCCAUCUGUAACAUUGUAUGGUCCACCACGCGUUAACUGGAAAUUAAUAAGUUUAAAAUGAGAAUUAUCAGUAACUGGAUUUUGGAAUUGUUGGGUAAAAAAGGGAAACUAAGGACCAACCUGGUUCGUGUCGUCCCCGCGUGCAGGUCUUAUUAUACGCGUAGCCGUUUCACUUUAAAAACGCACAACAAUACGAUGAUUUUCACUGGAUGAUGUACUAAUCAGAUGAUUGCGUGAAGAUCGCGGCUGAUGGUUCCGUUAACGUUGAUUCGUGGAGAAUAUGUUGAUUUGCGUGUGCUCGACGCGACGUACAACGAACGACUUAUUUUGUUGAUGCUACCCCCAGAUUUGGUGGAUAAAAAUAGGAGUAGGAUUUAGGGUAGUAACAUAUUGCAAGUUGGCUAGAAAUUAGUAGAUUUAUAUCAACCAGGAAUAAUUAGCUGGAGGUUUUAAUAAGUUUAAAAUUUGAAUUGUUAGCAACUGGGUUUAACAAUUAAGCCUCAAAUAUAUGACAUUGAGGAAACUGACUAAAUUAUUAUUACUUAAAGUUUUUGUAAAUACAAAUGAUAAGUACUUCAUUAGAAUUGUAGAUUAUAAAAUGUUAUUAGUUAUUUAUUGAUGGAAAUUGAUAAGAUAUGAUGACUAUCUGGAGAUUGAGUAUUUAAUGCAAUAUUUAUUUCAGUAAUUAAAUGUAAUUUAGAUCUUACGUGCGAGUUUUUAAAGACUAAUUUGUUACGAUUAAGGGCUUGAUUAUGUAAAAUGAUUGCGAUGAUUUCUUGUAUUAAACAGACUUAAUAUGUGCAACUAAAAUUUUGUUGUACGGUACCA